GCCAAGCACUGAAGAAUGUGGUCAAUACCAAAGUGGGGGAAAGGGUCAGCCUGUCUUGUUGUCGUCAAAUUCCCAGCUCAGAAAGCCUCCAUACUUACCGGGCCUACUGGCAGAAGAACAUUACGGAGGUAGUGAUAGCCUACUCAGAGGGGAAUUUGAUGCCCAAGCCCAUGAACCGGACAGAGAUGGACCCCUGGAACCUCACCCUGUGGAUCUCCCCUGUGGAAAUCAUGGACAAUGGCUCUUAUAACUGUGUACUUCAGCAGAAGUCAGUUGUUCUGUGCGUUCAGCCUGUGGACCUUUUUGUUACAGCUGACUUCAGUAAGCCAAAAAUAACAGCAGAAGAAACCACUAAUUCUUGUGAAUCGACUGAGAUGGUGAUAAUGUGUUCUUCUCAUGGAGGUUACCCCAAGGCCAAAAUCUCUGGAACCAUCAACAACAUAUCCGUGGAGUGGAAUGCCAGCUGGGUGUCUGAGUCCAGCCUCAGCCCAUACAAUGUCACUGGCAAACUGGUACACAACAUGACCAAGGACAUCAACAUCACUUGCUCCAUUGAAUAUGAUGACUUCGCCACAUCCACCAGUUUGUUCCUGAGAAAAAAAGAUAACUGUGCUGUUCCUACUGUGCUUCCAUCUUAUAAUGUCAUUACUGCUUCAAGUAUCAUUGUUAUCAUCUUCAUUUUGGCUGUCCUCCUAGCAGCAAGAUAUCUCCCAAGGCUUGUUUGUUCUCACUGUAGCAAGCCCCAGGAUUUGGUGGGAGAGGGAGUGAAAGAAAGUACAAAGCUACCCAUGAGCUCUGCACUGACAUCUGAAACAUCAUCUGUAUGA